AUGGACCUCGUACCAUACAUCUUUCACGAGCUGCAAGAGCCCGGGUCCCAGCUGUGUGCGUCCCGUUCCACUCCCGACGACAGGGACAACCUGUCUCUGUGCCGCCAGCCGUGCUAUACCGAGAUUGACCUUGCCGACGUUGCCCGCAAACUCGACCAAGCCGAACAGGCCAGCGCAUACCGCGCCCCGCCGACCAAGAGCUACAACUAUGACGACACUGGUUUCUUCUCCAUUUCGGUCCUCGAGACUGCGCUGCAGGUGUGGGACCUCACCCUCGUGCGGUGGCGAGGCGAGGCCAUGAGGCCGUUCCAGGACAAGCCCGAAGAACAGGCAGGAUUCAUCCUCAACCUCGCUAGCCACUGGUUCACCCUCCGUCGCUUUGGCGCCCGCACGCGGUGGUACAACCUUAACUCGUUCCUCCCAACGCCCGAGUGGAUCUCGCCAACCUACCUCCACAUGGUGAUCACGCAGGCCGAGGCUGAGGGAUACUCGGUCUUUGCUGUGCGCAAGGCCGGCACAGGUGCAGGAGAGACUGCCGGUAUUGACCCUGGCGAGGCGGCCGGCUGGGAGGACGGUGGUGUGGCUAUCCUCCCUCCCGCUGCGGCCGACGACAUGGCGCUUGAGCUCGGCGGGGCCACCCGCCGUUCUAGUGCAGGAGGUCCCGGUGCUGCCGUGAACGAGUGGGAGCAGUGGGCCGAGCCAGGAUCGUCCAACACCAUCCCAGAUGACCCUACGCCAGCCGAGGCGGCUGGCCUUGGUGCGACCGCGGGUUCCGGCAGGCGUCGUCGGCGACAGGAAGACCUCUCGUCCGAGUAUGUCGAGGAGCAGGACAUGAUCGGCAGCCAGCCCUCGAGUCGCUCGCGUACCCCCCGCGUUCGCCCUGUUGCCGCGGACGUGUUUGACGGCACUGGCAUGAUGCUUGACUCGACCCAGAUGGACGACGACGACGACUAUCCCCUCGAGCGCGAAGGUGAGGAUGACGAGGACGAGCAUCUCUUCAGCGCCGCCCGCCACGACGCGUACGCUGGGCCCACCGAUUUCCAGUUCAACUCGCGCAGUUAUGACGACGAGGACGAGGCCCUCCAGGCUGCUCUCAAGGCCAGCAUGGCCGACCUUCCCGACGACUUUAUCAUGCCCGAGCUCAAGCCGCUGCAGCCGCUCCCUGUCCCUGCUGCUACCGCCACACCAACACCGCCUGUUGCAGAGCCUGCCCCAGUGAUCGCUGCCCCUGCGCCAGAAGCGACCGAAGAGGAGGAGAUUGUUUCUGACGACGACUAUGAUGGUCCCAUGGAAGACCUGACGCCUGAGGAGAUUCGUGCCGCGCGCCUCGCACGCUUUCAAUAG